GUGGGUGGGAACUGUAAAAUUUUCGAAUAUAAUUUUUUUAUAUAUCAACAUGUUGUAUCAAAACUUAAUUGGAAAAUAUUGGAAUAACCUUUCUAAAAUAAAAAAAGCAAUAGAAGCCGUCUAGCUCUUUCGUAGACUUGAGGGCUUUUCUGGCAUUUCGUGGCGCGUUUUGUGUAAACAGCGAUAUUUAAUUCAGACGCUGGCGAAGGUUGAGGUUAGCUUUCGACGUUGUAAAAACACCCACUCUGGGAAUGAUUUCGCUUUUAACCUUUUCUGAUAAAGAAAUGAGCCCCUUACCAAUUUAUAAUUAUUAAUUAAGAGUAGAAGCUGUUACGUUCAAAACAGGUUAUUUUCUUUGAUAGAGUAGCUUUUAAUUUCUAAGGCGCUGCCCACGUUUUAUUCGUGCUUAGAUAAAAUAUACCAAUAUUUUUCUGUAACCUAAGCCGUCGAAAUUCAUUAUCACAUGAAACAGUAUGGCUACGAUAGCGAUGAAAAUUUUAUUUACGAUUUCUACAUGAACCUACUUUAAUUGUGUAAGUAGACUUGGAGAGUGAUUAUUUUCUAUUCUCAUAUAUAAAACUUUAUUUACUGACAACAUUAAAAUUAAUAGAUUGAAAAAUUCAUAUCCGCUAUGUAGGCUUCGUCAGGUGGGGUAAAACUAUAAACCAUAAAUAUUUUAACUCCAACUCUAACGUAAUCUAUGUCUUCCUUGAUAAUAUCAAUAAAUAUACAAAUAGACAAUGAAUUGUGAUGGGCUAGAAUUGAACUGAGACUCAUGAUAAGGACAGUGGCAGUGAUCACAGUGCAUUAUGGAAAUUCUACGCUUCACCCUGGUGCCGCUCGCACUCACCUUCGGACUGACUUAUUUGAAUGUCAAGAAGAACGCUUACAGUAGAAGAGGUGUACAAGGACAGAGACCAGUUCGCGGGGCUGGUGCGCGAGGUGGCGGCGCCCGACGUCGGCCGGAUGGGUAUCGAGAUCCUGUCCUUCACGAUCAAGGACGUGUACGAUGAAGUCCAGUACCUGCAGAGCUUGGGCAAGGCGCAGACGGCGGCGGUGAAGCGCGACGCGGAUGUUGGCGUCGCGCAGGCCAAUAGGGACGCUGGCAUCAGGGAAGCUGAAUGCGAGAAGAGUGCCAUGGAUGUGAAGUACUCGAUGGACACCAGGAUAGAGGACAACACCAGGAUGUUCAAGCUGCAGAAGGCGCAGUUCGACCAAGAAGUCAACACCGCUAAAGCCGAGGCAGCUUUAGCGUACGAGUUGCAAGCCGCAAAGAUUAAACAGAAAAUUCGUAACGAAGAAAUUCAGAUCGAAAUUGUGGAGCGCCGUAAACAAAUCGAGGUCGAGCAGAUGGAGAUCCUCCGUCGCGAGGAGGAGCUAGUAUCGACGGUGCGUCUGCCCGCCGAAGCCGAGGCCUACCGCCUACAGGCUAUCGCCGAGGGCAAACGCACCCAAACGGUGGAAGGCGCUAAGGCCGACGCCGAGCGUAUCAAGGUCCUCGGCCUGGCCGAGGCUCUGGCAAUAGGAGACGUCGGCAAAGCCGACGCCGAACGCAUGUUGGCCAAGGCCAAGGUGUACAAGCAGUACGGAGACGCCGCGCUUAUGGCGCUGGUCCUCGAGGCUCUGCCUAAGAUCGCAGCGGAGGUGUCGGCGCCGCUGGCCAAGACGGACGAGAUCGUGCUGGUGGGCGACUCGGGCGCCACGGGCGAGCUGGCGCGCCUGGCCGGCGGCCUGCCGCCCGCGCUCCGCACGCUCACCGGCCUCGACCUCACCGCGGUGCUGAAACGUCUGCACCCCGCUACCGGUGGCAGCGCUCCAGAAGAACCCCCUGUGGUUGCCAACUCGACCAAGAAGGUUGCAGCUUGCUAAGCGUUCAGAGCCCCGACAUGCGACACGAAUGCAGUUACCCUCGAGAUCAGGCUGUAUACCGACCUCUUUGCUAGCUCCUUUUUAAUAUAUUGACGUGAAAUAUUUUUCGAGAAUAGAAUUAUGUAUGUGUACCUUUGUAAACAGUGUAGUCUUCGAGCAGUUGUGUGUAGAUGUUAUAGAUCGUGUCAUUCACGAAGACGCGUGUCUUGAUUCGUAAUGUAAUGUCAUUAAAGGUUAGAUUUGAUAAAUCUGCGCGUCAUCGUCGAUAGCACGAACUAUAUAAUAGUAUUGUGAUAUUUACAACGUACAAUCUCUAGCCUAGCUCAUUGCGGAGACUAUAUCGAGGCGAGUGCAUUUGUUCUUAGUUCCAAGCAAUAUUAAUACGUGUAUGGUAGGUAUCUUUAAUGAAUAUGUACCCCACCGUAUGUCAGUAAUUACAUGAUACGGAUAUUAUCAUAAUAUGAAUAUACUUUUAAAUGAAUAUGAUUACACCAACUAGCCCUAAAAGACCUUUAGAUUUUGUACUGUAUAGAAUAUUUUGUAGUUUAACAAUUUUAAGACGGGUUUAGACUAGUACCUAUAAAAGUCAAUCGACAUGGCAGGUUACGCAUGAUUCAAAAAGUUAUCCGUGGAAUACUCAACCCUACGUAUCAUCAAACAGUUACUGAUUCUUAAGAGAUGUAAGGUCUACAGCCGUGAAACGUGAAGCCAAAAAAUGUGCCGACAACCUUUGGGCACCGAAACUGAUCACUGAAUUGUCAAACGUCAACAUAUGACAGUCAGAGUUACCGCAUAAUGUACGAAGCCAUGCAGCGCCAUCUCUUUUACCUUUCAAAUCCGAAGCACGAAAUUGUCUUGGAAGCACAUAUCUUACAUGAUCGAUGUAUCUUUCUGAUCAAUACUGUUAACUGAUUAGUCAUAAACCUUAUUGUAAGGUAAUAAGGUCUACCGAAAUUCAGUUACGAAUGUUGCUGUUAUAGUUCAGUUAAAAACUCGCUGCACGCGUAGCAAGUAAAAAAGAGACAGGACGCCGCCCGCCGCAGGUAGGUGUGACAGAGAGCACACUAUGUAUUCGCGUGCAGCGAGUGUUUAACUCGACUAUAGUGCAAGCAAAUUCAACAUUUUAAUUGUAUCUGCAGGAUUGGGAUUCUUGUAACUUUGUGCUCGAAACCUUCGGCGCAUAUCGUCUGUAACCAGUCUUAAAAUUUGUGUCAAACACUGCCCAGUUUGUGCGAAUAGUUUUGUGUGUUUUAUUUAUAAAUGUAAAAUCGGAAGCUAUUAGGAAUGUUUAUUAUUAGCGUUGAUCAGGGUUUGUGGCGACUGUCAGUAGACAUGCUCGUUCCUGAACAGAAAAGGCGGUGGUUUGACAUAGAGAACAAUUUUAGUAAGAACAAAGUGUUUUCUAGUGAAAUUGUUUUGCACAGUCGUACUAUUUAUUUCCAACUGCCGAAUAGCUACAAAUUACAGACAUGUGAAAUAAAUCGAUAGAAUUAUCGAUCUUAUUUAUUCUAAAUGCAUGUGCAUGCAAUAAAUAUACACAAGGGCCUCUAUACGCUGGGAGAAUUCCUCGUUCUCAAAUUUUAACCCUCCUGUCAAAUUAAAGUAAAAAAUUUAACUUGAAGUACACAGAAUAUAAUAGUAAAACUGGGGGAUCAGAAUAAAAUGCAAUAAAAAAAUCUAAUCCAAUAUGAAGUGAAGUUUGAUGGUUUUUGACCAAAGUUUCGAAAAAUAGCAUAAGUAAAAAUUUGGUAUUUUUGAAAAAUGUGUAGGUGUCGAAAAUGGUGAUCUAAAUUGAAUGGUUAUUGUACCAAAGAAAUAGGUGUGAGUUUGAAUUACAAUAAUUUAACUAAGUGUAUUGUGGUGUCGGACAUGUUAAUGUGUUUAGUGUAGGAGCAUAUAGCGCAAACUUAAUAUAUUGAGUACCUACUACUUAUUACAUUAUUAAUGUUCGUAUGUUCUUAUUUUAUUAUUGAUAAUUUGUCAUUUGAAUCGUGGUUUAUUUUUAUCAAUUUAUUUGCAUGGCAAUAAUAUUCCUUAUUUUACUUCAAUGUCAAAAUGGUGUACAAUGAAAAUAUUUUUUUAAUUAA